AAGCCAGCUCCAGCAGCAGGCAGCAGCCAGGCAUCGCUGAGCGACCAAGCCGAGCCAGCCAGCCCGGCAGGCAGGCAGGCAGGCAGGCAGACAGGCAGCCCUACCGUCCCAGUGAGUGUUCUAGCGAGCGAAUGAACUAACGAACACCGGCGUCACCACCGCCGCCACCACCACCAUCACCACCACCACCACCACCGCCACCACCACCACCACCACGACAACAGCAGCGGAGACAGCAGCAGCACCGACCUCGGUCGUUCGUCGGUGGGUCGGUCGCUCGAUCUGUCGGUCGGUUGACACGGACUACAGCGAGGCAGCCACCGCAGGCAAAGAGCGAGCCACGAAGCUGCGCUAGAGCAGCAACCGCUUGGGACAAGCAACGACGACUGCUGCUGACUGCAGCCUGAGUGAACCCAGCAAACGGACGACGAAGCUAUCGUUGCUCCCUGCUGCUGUUCGUCCAGAUCUGCUGCAGCGCGCCAGCCACAGGCGCACUUCUUCUGCCCGGUACCAGCAGCAGCCGUUAUCUGGUGAGCUAGGGUCGACCAGAAAACAACGUCAAUAGCAGCAGCAGGCAGCACUGGCGGUUACAACCGUCAGCGACCAGCCAUCGGCAUCAAGCAUCGCUUACUCGAGCCGCGCCACAAGGGGCACGCAGGCAGUCGGUCGGGCAGACGACGCUUGCUCUCGUUGCUAAACGAGCAAAGAUCGAAGGGUAGAAAACUGCUUGUUGUGUUCGCGGCGGCAGCAGCAGCAGCGUGUCCGUGGUGCGUUGUUGUGUGCUGUGACGACUGCGCUACGAUUACGACGCGAACGAAGCGAAGCUGUUGUUGAUCGUCUGUAAGCGGCGCUCACCCUAUAGCGGCAUCAACAGCAGCAGCAGCGGCAGCGGUGGCGGCAGCAGGCGCCACAGCGUGUGAGGAGUGCCUGUGUGUGCACGAAAGCGUUUAUCCCGCGCCUGUACGUGUGUUGAUCUCUGUCUGUCUAUCCACUUCUCUGUGCGUGUGUGUAGUUUCUGCUGCUGCGCUUUGGUCGUCAACAACGACAACGGAGCGAAGUAGUACUACAACCCCGCCGCCGAAUUCUACUACUACCAGCAGCACGAACGCUGAUCGCCAACAGUGAGCCUGUGCGGUUGGUGUGGCGGCCGACCGAAGGGGAGCGGCUACUGGUCGAGGAUAAAUUGCAUGAGACGAAGAGAAACAGAGGGGGUAGAAGCACGCAGAGAGGAAGAGGGAGAGAGGGGCUGAGCCAAGAAGGAUCCAAGAGUUUGAGCGAGUCGUAAGCAGCAGCAGCAGCGCGACGGAGAGUGGCGCCGCAGAUCGCUGCUGGUAGGCCGCCGCGAAAAGUGACGGCAGUAACAGCGGCAGCGGCAGCCACAGCCCGCUUGUUCGCUGCAUCAGGAUACGACGACGAGUCAUCCAACAGCAGCAAUCGUGUGGAGUGAGUUGGUGGCCGACGUAGACCAAGAACAGCAGCCGUGUGCUGCUGGUGAUGCUGUGGUGAGCUGUGGCCAGCGUGGUUCAGCAGCGGCUAAAGAACAGGCAAGCGGCAUCGCCUAGUAGCCUGCAUUGGUUACAACUGCUACCACGAUUAUUAGUCGUAACGCCUGCGAUCUGUGAGUAAGCCAAGCAACAGCUUCUGCUUGUUGCUGUUGUUGUUGUGGUAAUUGUUGUUGCUGUUGUUGCUGCGGUGCGCCGGCGGCGUCAACAAACAUUGCAACAACCUCUCAGAGACGACAAUCGGUCCUGCAGUUGCUGGUGUAUCCCGGUCGGCCAUAACAGCGAAGUUGAGGUGUUUGCUGUUCUGCCCGUCGAUAGUUGGUCGUCCAUAGUCCGUUGCUGGUCACCGGUGCGGUUAGCCAGACCCCCUUCUCCGCCUCCCGUCCCUCAGGGUACAUGACGACUUGCGUUUAACCUUUCUGUGUGUGUCGUUCCGACUACGUCGCUCGCUACGGAGUUCAUAGUGUAGGAUGUUCUAAUUCUGCCCCACUGGAAUUCGUUCUUAUGUGUCAAAUAGUGUGUAUGUGCUAUCAGAAGCAGCUGUAGCAGUGGUGAAGCUCGAAAGUCCAUCUGAAGCCUAAAUCUAAUCAGAAAAAAAAAAGCCAGUCAGACUGGUUUUGUUCAACGCUGGUCCGUACUUUCGUCGUUGUCCUGUCGUUGUUUAUCUUGUCCUUUUGACGUUGGCCGUGGGGCCGGCGAGCCUAGCAGCGAUGAACCGGUCUCCAACCGAACACCGUCGCAAAUCGAAUCAGCAGUAAUAGGUCGCGGUAAUACCUGACGUGACUGCAGAGCGUGCAUACAACAGCAGUAAUACAAUAUCAGUGAACGCUUCGGAUACAAUAUAGCAGCGACAGUAUUAUAAGCGAAGGCGUUGAUGCCGCAAGCUUGGAGUACAUCGCCAAAUUGACAGAAGCUACUGGAAAUAGCCGAAAAAGAAAAACACAGUAGAUGUGGCAUUACUGCUAGCACUACCAAACACAUAUUCGCUGUCUACGAAAGAAUUAGUGAAUAAUAGCGUGCCUAACGAAGAAGGAAAUCAAGUGUCGAGUGCUCAUUAUCUAUUUACCGGUACAACAGCCCCCGUCGUGUUAAACGUGCAUUAUCUGUCUUGACCGUGUGUUCCGAAGGAGCUAGCUAAUACUUUGUGCUAAUCAUUCCGUCAGGUCGUCAUAUGUGCUGUGUAUUAUUUAAUCGUGUGUGUGUACAUUGACAACGGCAACAACAUCAACCACGACGUCGCUGUGGAUUACUAAAAGUAGAACGCUUCGCCCCACUUCUCGUAAGCGGCGGCCGGACAUUGGACGUUGAGGAUGUACCCCACGCGGCAUCCCGUCAGCUCGUCUCUUCCCGUUGCGACGGCGAAGAAAAAGGUAAUGCCUUCAUCAGGAAUUGACAAGGCGGGACCGCCCGGCGGACAGCCUGGACAACCCUUCAAGUUCACCGUAAACGAAUCAUGCGACCGAAUCAAAGAGGAAUUUAGUUUUCUCCAAGCUCAGUAUCACAGUUUGAAGCUAGAAUGCGACAAAUUAGCGACAGAGAAGACGGAGAUGCAGCGCCAUUACGUGAUGUACUACGAAAUGAGCUAUGGGCUCAACGUUGAGAUGCAUAAACAAACGGAGAUCGCUAAGCGAUUAAAUGCGAUCAUCGGGCAGAUACUUCCGUUCCUAUCACAGGAACACCAAGGUCAGGUCGCCGCAGCCGUUGAUCGGGCCCGUCAGGUCACAAUGACAGAGCUCAACGCCAUUAUUGGACAACAGAUGCAUGCACAGCAAAUGCCCGCCCAUGCUCAUGCCCCAAGUCUACCGAUGAUUCCACACGCGGCGGCAAUGGCAGCUGCUGGCCUGCAGCCACCACCGCCUACAACUGCUGCCGGCCUCUUGGCUUUGUCAUCGCUUGGAGCUGCUGCAGCACCUGGAGCGCACCUCGCCGCGGUGUCCUCGGCGGCGGCCGCAGCUCAAGUGCUGAAGGAUCGCGAAGAACAGAAACGAUCUUCGUCCGUGCACAGCACUGAAGAGCGGCACGUCAGCAGCCGGAACUCGAUCUCGCCCGGUGAGCGUGAAAAGUUCCGCUCAUCCACCCGUACACCUGACAUAGACAACGACCUGAAAAAACGCAAGAAAGAGGAGAAAGACUCCGACGGGGAAAAGAGCGAUCAGGAGUUGGUGGUAGACGUCGCCAAUGAUGACUCUGUUGGACCUGCUAAUGGAAACGGCAACGCUAGUUCCCCGCGAGAGAACGGUACGGCGGACAAAGUGAUUAAGAAGGAGCAUUCGCACUCGCCUCAUUCGUCUAAUUCGUCGACGCCCAAGGGAAGCGCCCAGGGGGGGCAUAAGGACGGACAGGCGGGCGCCUCGGGCUCCGCUGCCGCCGCCGCCGCACCUAUGACCAACGGGGAGAAGAGCUCCACGCCCAAGCCGGCCACCCCUAACUCACAGCAACAGAGCAAUGGUGGCGGUCCGGGAACUCCGGGCCCAGCCGGCUCCAGUGGCAUCGCCAAGCCUGCCCUAGCAGGCCCUCCAAAGGGCCCAGCAUCUCUUGGUCCCCCUUACCCGUAUCCUCUACACGGAGGGGCGCCCCCCGGCUCACAUGGACUGCCUGCAGACCUGUCCGCAUACCCGCAAGGUAUGCUACAUAAUAAUCUGUCUCCAGCGCUGAACUCGUACCCCAGGGGGCUUGUGGGCUACGACCCGCACCCCUCAAUGAGAGGAGCCGGUUUCGGCAUGCCGAGUGGCGGUAAGCCCGCAUACUCGUUCCACGUGUCGUCCGAGGGCCAGAUGCAGCCUGUACCGUUUCCGCCGGAUGCCCUGCUAGGCGCCGGAAUUCCUCGACACGCUCGUCAGAUCAACACGUUGGCUCACGGCGAAGUUGUCUGCGCAGUAACCAUCUCCAACCCGACAAAGUAUGUCUACACCGGGGGUAAAGGCUGCGUCAAGGUAUGGGACAUCUCGCAGCCCGGCAACAAGUCGCCAGUGUCACAGUUGGACUGCCUCCAGCGUGACAACUACAUCCGCUCGUGCAAACUACUACCGGAUGGCAGGACGCUGAUUGUUGGAGGCGAAGCGUCUACUAUCUCGAUUUGGGAUCUCGCACCGCCAACACCGAGGAUAAAAGCCGAACUGACAUCGUCAGCACCCGCAUGCUACGCGCUGGCUAUCAGCCCCGACUCGAAGGUCUGCUUCAGCUGCUGCAGUGAUGGUAACAUCGCUGUAUGGGACCUGCACAAUCAAACUUUGGUGCGACAGUUCCAAGGUCACACCGAUGGCGCCAGCUGUAUUGAUAUUUCAAGCGACGGCACCAAGCUAUGGACAGGCGGGCUCGACAACACGGUCCGCUCAUGGGAUCUACGUGAGGGCCGGCAACUUCAGCAGCACGACUUCAGUUCGCAGAUCUUCUCAUUAGGCUACUGUCCAACAGGCGAAUGGCUAGCGGUGGGCAUGGAGAGCAGUAAUGUCGAAGUGUUACACUGCAGCAAACCUGAUAAAUACCAACUGCAUCUACAUGAAAGCUGUGUUCUCUCCCUAAAGUUCGCCUACUGCGGUAAAUGGUUCGUGUCGACAGGCAAGGACAACCUUCUGAACGCGUGGCGAACACCGUACGGCGCGUCAAUCUUCCAGUCGAAGGAGUCGUCAUCGGUGUUGUCCUGCGAUAUCUCCUCCGAUGACAAGUACAUCGUCACCGGGUCUGGUGACAAGAAGGCGACCGUCUACGAGGUCAUCUAUUAGACCAACGAUAAGAGGAAGAGGUCGGACCGAGAGAAAAGAUUGCGAGAGACGCCGAUUAAAAACAACGACAAGAAGUCAGUGAAGCAUACAGAGGGAGGAGAAAGCGCGAAAGAGAAGAGAGAGAAGACAGAAGUCGCUAUCAUCCGUUUCUUGACAGGGACUCCUCUCCGCGUAAUUUAAUUCUGUUCUGCUCUUCAAUUACUAUUACCAGCACCAGCAGUACUAUUACUACAACUAUCUAAAAGGGUACCUCGUACUGUGUAUGCCCAGUGUAGUUUGAUCACGAUCAACGGCCGAGUAGCUAGCCGACCAAAAUCUCGCAGCAGGAAAAAGCCAAGCGUAUAACAGAGAGAAACAGAGUCUGGGAUCAUCAGCUUGAACACGAACGGGCAGCUGCGUAUAGCAGCCCCACACAGACCAGUCGUUGCGUCAUCUCACCCCAGCUGCAGCUAUACAUAAAUAGGAGCUUUCGCAGAGUCUCGAUGACGACGACGACGACGAAAUAAUUAUUAUGAUUAUAAUAAUGCUGAUGCUGAUUAUUAUUAUGUGGUGCAGUGUAGGAUGGACAAAGCAGCGUCAGCCGGGGCCAGCGUUAUGCUCCUAUUCUCAAUAUUUGUAAAUUAUCGCUCGUGUACAUUGUAGAUUAACAACUCAGUAAAAUCAAUAAUAAAUAAAUUUCUCUAUUCAAUCCAACUUUAUGCCGCAUAGUCGUCCACUGUUCUGGGAGGGAAAACGCAUGAUGAUAAAUAAGCCAACUUAACUUAGAAUAGGGUCCGUGUAAGAGGAAGCGUGGAAACGAAGGGAUAGGGGCCUGGUCCAGAUGCCACCGUAUCAAGGUAAAUAGUACGUCGCAAUUGUCGGUGAGGAAAUGUCGCACUAGCAAGCAGAAUCUGAUCUUGUCAGCAGAAAAGUGGGCAUCAUUUAGCAACAAUAACAAUGCAUACUAACCGAACGCGAGGUAAAUACAUCAUGUACGAUGAAGAUGAGACUCUUCGAUAACUACCAACCAUAUAGCUCCAGUUAACACCAGUUUGUUUGCAUAGCCUUGUGCCAUGGGUGUACAUCAUCAUUAGUACCAAUAGUAACACUCUAGCGCGUGUAGCUCUACACGAACGUUGGGUAAUUCUGACAGCUAGGCCCCAUAUCUCGUUGAGUGCAUUUGAGUAGAGAUGAGAACCCACGGCGCUUAAAGCAAUUCUGUUUUCGGCGUUGCAUACCUGGGGAACGGGGAAAUUCAAAUACAAGUGAGGCUUUUGUCGAAAGCACAAAGUGCUGGCGAAUCAGUGGUUCAUCUACGUUUCAAGAUCCCGAUCGCUAUGGAUGAAUGACAGAAGGCACCAGCUAUUGCGCCUGAGCCAAUAACGAGUUACGUUUGAACUUUGUCCCAAACUGGGCGACGCCUUUUGACAAAUGCGAAGGACAGCUACCUAGGCAAAACAGCCGAGCUGUCCCAGAAGUUAGAAGCAUGGCUUCUUAGGAAUUCUGCUCGUUUUUCCCGAACGGCCUCUCUCC